UGUCCGCUUCCUGUCCCCGUCAUAUGUCGGGGCUCCCUACACUACACAGCGCAUGCUAGCCGUUUAGCAAAACAACUUUCAAACAAAGUUACUUUCUACAGUUGUGUCAUUUCAAACACCGAAGAGGAAGCAUUACAAUAGCAGGCAGCGAACAAAAUGCCGACGGUGUCUAAAGGAGAUGGGAUGCGUGGCCUGGCUGUGUUCAUCUCUGACAUCAGGAACUGUAAAAGUAAAGAGGCAGAGGUUAAGAGGAUAAACAAAGAACUGGCCAAUAUCCGUUCCAAAUUCAAAGGAGACAAGGCUUUAGAUGGCUACAGUAAAAAAAAAUAUGUCUGCAAGCUGCUCUUCAUCUUUCUGCUGGGCCAUGAUAUCGACUUUGGACACAUGGAAGCUGUUAACCUUCUCAGCUCCAACAAGUACACGGAGAAACAAAUUGGUUACCUGUUCAUCUCAGUGCUGGUAAACUCUAACAGUGAUUUGAUCCGCCUCAUCAACAAUGGCAUCAAGAAUGACCUCCUCAGCCGCAAUCCAACCUUCAUGAACCUGGCCCUGCACUGCAUUGCUAACGUGGGCAGCAGAGAAAUGGCUGAGGCUUUUGCCUUUGAAAUUCCCAGCAUUUUGGUGGCAGGGGACACCAUGGACAGCGUGAAGCAGAGUGCAGCGCUAUGCUUGUUACGACUCAACAGGACAUCUCCUGACCUAGUGCCCAUGGGUGAAUGGACAGCACGGGUGGUCCAUCUGCUUAAUGAUCAGCACUUGGGAGUGGUAACAGCAGCCACCAGUCUUAUAACCACUCUGGCCCAGAAGAGUCCCGACGACUUUAAAACAUCCAUUUCACUGGCUGUGGCCAGACUUAGUAGGAUUGUGACGUCGGCAUCCAUUGACCUACAGGACUAUACAUACUACUUUGUUGCUGCACCAUGGUUGUCUGUGAAAUUGCUCCGGCUGCUACAAUGUUACCCCCCACCAGAGGAUGCAGCACUGCGAAGUCGCCUGACAGAGUGUCUGGAGACCAUCCUCAAUAAAGCCCAGGAGCCACCCAAGUCCAAGAAGGUCCAGCACUCAAAUGCAAAGAAUGCUGUUUUAUUUGAGGCCAUCUCCCUCAUCAUACACCACGACAGUGAGCCCACCCUGUUGGUACGAGCCUGCAACCAGCUAGGCCAGUUUCUGCAGCACAGAGAAACAAACCUUCGAUACUUGGCUUUGGAGAGCAUGUGCACACUGGCCAGCUCUGAGUUUUCUCAUGAGGCAGUAAAGACGCAUAUAGAAACUGUGAUCAACGCUCUGAAGACAGAGAGAGACGUGAGUGUUCGUCAACGCGCUGUGGAUCUGCUCUAUGCCAUGUGUGACCGUAGCAACGCCAAGCAGAUUGUGGCAGAAAUGCUGAGCUACCUGGAGACCGCCGACUACUCAAUCAGAGAGGAGAUUGUGCUCAAGGUUGCUAUCUUAGCAGAAAAAUACGCAGUGGACUACACAUGGUACGUGGAUACUGUUCUCAACCUCAUCCGUGUCGCUGGUGACUAUGUCAGUGAGGAGGUGUGGUAUCGUGUCAUCCAGAUAGUCAUAAACCGAGAUGACGUCCAAGGAUAUGCUGCCAAGACUGUCUUUGAGGCACUUCAGGCUCCUGCCUGCCAUGAGAAUCUGGUGAAGGUCGGAGGUUACAUCCUGGGAGAGUUUGGUAACCUCAUUGCUGGUGAUUCACGCUCCAGCCCUCUGGUUCAGUUUAAUCUUCUCCACUCCAAGUUCCACCUGUGCUCAGUGCCAACCCGGGCACUGUUGCUGUCGGCUUACAUCAAGUUCAUUAACUUGUUUCCAGAAGUGAAGGCUACAAUUCAGGAUGUCCUGCGCUCAGAUAGCCAACUUCGCAACGCUGACGUGGAGCUUCAACAGAGAGCUGUGGAGUACUUGAAGCUCAGCUGCAUUGCCAGCACUGACAUAUUGGCCACAGUCUUAGAAGAAAUGCCUCCAUUUCCAGAAAGAGAGUCUUCAAUCCUGGCCAAGCUUAAGAGAAAGAAGGGCCCAGGUAAACUGCCUGACAUAGACGAAAACCGACGGAAUGUCAACGGCAGCACUGAGCACAGUGAGAACACUGACACCACAAACAAGUGUUCUCCUUCACUGCUAGAAGACCUUCUUCCUACUGACAGACCUCGCCCUUCCUCCUCUAGUCCUGUCAUACUCGCUGCUAGGACCAUGGCUUCCACCCACCCCUUUACAGAUGUGCUGAAUCUUAACUCAACCCCCUCAACAGGACCCAAUCUGCUAGUUGAUGUCUUUUCAGAUAGCUCCAGCCCUGCGUCUGUAGAUGUGUCGGAAGACAAUUUUUCCAGGUUUGUUUGUAAGAACAAUGGUGUUAUCUAUGAGAACCAGCUCCUGCAGAUUGGACUGAAGUCUGAGUACAGACAGAACCUGGGUCGCAUUUAUGUGUUCUUCGGCAACAAGACAUCUACUCAGUUUCUCAGCUUCUCCUCAUUUGUCACCAGUAGUGACAUACUCAAGAGUCAGCUGAAUGUGCACACUAAGACAGUAGACCCCAUAAUAGAAGGUGGGGCUCAGGUCCAGCAGAUCCUGAACAUUGAAUGCGUGUCAGACUUUAUAGAUGCACCAGUACUCAGCAUUCAGUUCAGAUACGGUGGAGCUUUGCAGAACAUUGCAGUGAAACUCCCUGUGAUGCUGAAUAAGUUUUUUCAGCCCACAGAGAUGACAUCCCAAGAUUUCUUCCAGCGCUGGAAACAGCUUGGAGCUCCUCAGCAAGAAGUUCAGAAAAUCUUCAAAGCCAAGCACCCCAUGGACACGGAUGUUGCCAAGGCCAAGAUCUUAGGCUUUGGUGUAGCUCUGCUGGAAGGGGUGGAUCCCAAUCCUGCAAACUUUGUUGGAGCCGGAGUCAUUCACACAAAGAGCACACAGGUGGGCUGCCUCCUCAGACUGGAGCCCAAUGAUCAAGCACAGAUGUUCCGUCUGACCCUCCGGACCAGCAGGGAGUCUGUAUCUCAGAGACUGUGUGAGCUCCUCUCCGAACAGUUUUAGACUCAGCACCAGCAUUUUUACACUCUCACUCUCUUAGCCUCACUUUAGAGUGGAAUCAAUGUAUUGUACAGUGUACAUUGUUUUUUUAUUUUACUUGCUUUACAUUUAAAUGAAUUGAAAUGAAUUUUGCACAUAGCUUUACUAAUAUGUCACUGCUUUAACCUGCCUUGUAUACUCACACUGUGAGCGCCUUAGCCGACAUGUUGUGGACGGUGCGAAAGGCUCUGAACGCUUCUCUUUAGGGUUCUGUUGCUCCAGCAUUCAGAACAGUUUAGAAACUGUGUGCUUUUGGUGCUUUGGUACUUCAUAUUCAAAUAUUUUAAACAGUUGACUAGCGAAGAAGGAAGCACGACGUGGCUCUGUUAGCUGAUCCGACAGGUGCUCCUCAGUGGGGCAGGUGAAAAUACAAAACACAACAAGAUUCAGGAAGUCCUACUUAGUAUUCAAGUGUGCAGACAACCCUGGUCGCAAACCAAGGCACUCUACCGUCAAGUGAAAUAUUAAGUUAUGUUUAAGCGUAUAAGCAAACAAACAGAUCAAUACGUAUCGACUCUGGGUCUUCAUCUGGGUCUGACAAAUACAUGUGACUGAAUUACAACAUGUAUCAGCCAGGAGCAUUCAGACCAGCUAAUGUGGUACAUGAAGCCCAUGCUUUCCAAAAAGUCUCUUCAGUAAUUGUUUGUUUAAGGUUGUUUAAGGUUCCAACAUUUGUGUUUAUGUUAAGCUGAAUGUGUCUGCCUGGAUGCCACUGGCUGGUGUCAUUUGGUCUGAUAAAGGCCAAGUGUUGAUAUACGUUUGUUAUGUGCUUGGAAAAUAAUAUUAUUACAUCACUGGAAGAUGAGGUUCUUUGUUUGUUUUCAUGGUUGUCUGCACCAUUUAAUAGUAAGCAAGACUCCCGCAUCUUGUUAUAUUUUGAAGACUGUUACGAAGCAUUAAUAAGAUUGAGUUAGCUGAAGAUCUCAGUGGGAUUGUAAUCUUGCCAGUGGUCUCAAUUGCUAUUGAAGUUGUUCUGUUUAUGUUUAAAUGAGAUGUUUAUUCCUGUAGGGUUUCAAACAACUGUUGCACAGAAGCAUUCUGCACUUCUGCACAAAAUUAGAAUGCAUCGAUAGAUCACAUAAAAAGACAAUUCUGACUUGUUUUACCAACUUUUCACCAGUUUUACACAUCUGUUAUCUCAGGAGGAAAGCUGUUGCAUUGUGUGUUUUUUUUUUUAAAUUUUAUUUUAUUUUUUAGCAAAAACAGACUUUGGACGCUACAAUUGUGUUUCCAUUGUGAAAAAUUUGGAGUUACUUGGUGAACAGAAUUCAGACACUCAUAAAGUCAAUAUAGAACACUAGAUAGGAAUUUUGUGUUGUAUUGGAAUUUGCUGUCUCCAAAGAGUUUUGCCUUUGAACUUUUGUUACUCAACAAGAACAGAAACGGCUUCAAAUAGAGUAGAACAGAGGGUGACGUUGUUAAACUAUACAGCACUGCCAAAUGCCUUUAUUCACAGAGCACUGCCAAAUAAAUGAUUAAUUAUAUUUCUACAUACACUUGUGUAUGGUGUAUUUUCUUUUUUUGUAAAAUGUAUCUUUAUUAAUUAACAAAAUUUUAAAAAUCACCACCUCUAAAUGAGUGUAAACCCGACGAGCUUUGGUUUCACAGGUUAUGUAUGUGAGAAGAAGACUCCAGGUCAAGGCCUGGCCAGGAAAUAGCCAUAACCCACUCAAUAAUGAAAGAUAACUUACCUUUUUACACUGCUGUUUUCAUAACAUUUUGUAUAGGCAGCUUUCUUUUUUUUUUUGCACAACUGGACUAUUCAGUCUUUUAUGCUAAGCCAAGCUGCCCCUCGCUUGCUAGACCUUCAUAUUUAAUGACAAAGCAUGAGAGUGAUAGUGAUCCUCCACUGAUUGAUUCUCAGCAAGAAAGGAAAUAACAUGACUUUUUUUUUUUUCAAUAAUUCUAAGAUUGUGUGAAAGAGUUCAUGAAUAAAAGUGCCUUAAUCAAGGCCUGAGAAACGA